CACACACCUGAAUAUUAAUGUAUGGUAAUGUAACAGUAUUUUUCCUUUUUUUCAUUCUCACUCACUUAUUCCCUUUUUUUCUCAGUCGUAUCUUUUUAUAAAUGAAAUUCUUCUAAUAAAAUAUUAAUAAUAAAAAACAGUGAUUCAUAAACAACUACUUUUUUUACAGUCACUGCCCCCCAGCACCAAAUGCCUAUUUAAUGAGUCAUUUCAUUCCACAAGUUGUCAUGUUUUCUCAGAGCCCUGUAACCACAUUGCACAUGUAAUAAAACUAUGCCGGGCCGAUAGAAAAGCAGUUAAUUUCCUGGUCUGUUCUACUCUCUCGGGCAUGGGUUGCCAAGUGAUAGUAAGUCCCAACUGUUUGAUAAACAAACAUGCAGAUUAAAAAAAAGAACAUAUCUGGGUCAUUUGCCUAAGCAAAGCUCCCCCCCCCUUUUUUCUUUUGGCAGGCAUCAAACCCAGGUUGAUCACUGCGCUUGAUUUCAGAAACCAGUAAAUAAGUCUCAGUUUGGAAGCUGCCUUGCCAUCGUUUUCCUCAACUGGAAGAGAAAAUAGGGUCUAUGGAUGGAUGCCUCGGCUAAAGGCCCAAGCGCCUGUCUGGGGAAACAGGCAGUGGCCCCUCCUAACCCCUUCCUUUCUCCCUCCCCCUGACCUUACCGCGAGCCCAGAUGAAGCGGGCGAGGAGUCCCUCCGCUCAGGUGACACCCGCCCAGGUGAGGUGCCGCGGAGGGGCUGGGCUCAGCCUUUACCUGUUCAACCUGCGCGGCGGCAGAGAGUCCACGCCCCACUGAGUCAGGCGAAGCUGCACCUUUAACCUGCCCUGACUGGGUGGCACGGUUUCUCCCUCCUCCCGCCCUGCCACCCCGUUGUUCAAAGGGUCCCCCACCCAUCCGUCCUCAUUCCAAACAAGAGCCUCUCUUUGCACAGGUGAACCUCGCUCCUUUCCGCCCCUCCUUCCCUCCUUCCCCCUACGCUCUUUCUGCUUUAAACUUGGGGUUUCUCUGCAAAAGAAAAAACCCAGCAGCCUAGCCUUUCCCUCCUUCCUGGUUUGUUGGAGAAGGGCAGAGAAGGGACUCCUUUUCUCCAGCUGAAGUGGGCCCAGGAGGGCAGCAAGCCAUGGGGACCUCAGAGGAAGAUUAUAACUUCGUCUUUAAAGGUGAGUGUCUUGUUUUUGCCUCAUUCUCUCUCCCCACCUCCCAAUUCCUUUUCUUCAAAACUGUUGGCUGGGUUUUCAGGACUGCCCUGAAAGCUGUGUGUUGACCCAAGAUGCCCCUUUUUAAAAAAGCCAUGGGAGGAUUUAUAGAAUUGUACAAGUGUAACGCUGGAAGGGACCCCCAACGGUCAUCUAGUCCAACCCCCCUGCAUUGCAGGGAUCCCACUGAAGUGCGUCCCACCGUCCAACAGCUCUCACCGUCGGAGAACUCUUCCUGAUUAUGAGUCAGAAGGUGCUUUCUUUUAAAUAGAAUCUAUUGGUAAUACACAAGGAUAGCUCAGCUGGCAGAGCACAAGGCUCUUAAUCUCACGGUUGUGGGUUCGAGCCCCACACUGAGCAAAAGAUUCCUCAAUUGCAGGGGGGUUGGACUAGAUGACCCACGUGGUCCUUUCGAACUCUACAAUUCUAUGAUUCGGGUCCUACCCUCUGGAGCAGCAGCAAAACAUGCUUGCUCCAUCUUCCAUGUGACACCCCUUCAGGUAUUUGAAGUCCACUCUAAAUUCCUAAGGUGGGGCAAUGACUUGAAGGGGCUGUAGCUCUGCGGUCAAGCCCUUUCUUUGCUCUCUUGUUCCAGCCUUGCCACCUGCAGCUAGGAAAGGAUCAGGGGUGAUGGUGAGAAACCACUGGUCCAGCACAGUACUGCCGACACUGGCUGGCAGCAGCUCUCCAGGGUUUCAGAUGGGAUAUUUUCAGUCCUACCUGGGGAUCCCAGCAGGGAUUGAACUUGGGACUUUUUGCAUGCAAACAGGUGCCUGCCUCUCCUGCUGAGCCACAGCUCCUCCCCAGUCAGUGCAGACAAUAGUGGACAAAUAGGCUCACACCUUUGGGCUGCAUCUGAGUAUCCUUUGUCAAGCAUCCAUAUGGCACAUGAAGAGUGCCUGUCUUAAAGAAUCAAGGCUGAUUAAGUCUGUCCGUGUUAGUUGGUUAAAUUUGCACACAUUUAAAGCUUAAUAAACUGAAAGACAAAAGGCGCAGUUGUGUACACACUGUACCUUUUAUGCUUUUUAAAAUUUAGAUUCAGCAUCUGUAAAGUGAUACUCAUAAUGUUACAACAGGUUGAAGGCAGCGUAAAGUUGAACAUUAUCAUUAGAGUAAAUGUUCCAAAACUUUACAAAAAUUACGAAUUUUUCCAGAAAUCUGUUAGGCUGAUUUGUAUGUAUUCUUUUAUAACAAGUUAACUUAAUCUUCUGUUACUAUGAUUUUUUUUCAAUAUAUUUGCGUGUACCCCCCCCCCAUUUUUUAGCUGUCACAGUCGUAGCAGCAGUUAUAAGAUGGAACACUACCUCUUGAUGAUUUAGAUAACCAAGUAGAAAUAUUUAAGGUUCUAACUUCUAAGGGUAUAUGAUAGCCUAACAUAUCAGACAGAUUAUCCUGAACAGGUUUGCAAAAUAUUUGUAUUUGAAAGCAGUUCCGAAGGAUGGUGCACAUUACAGUAUAUAGCUCUAAAGCACACCAUGCAGUGCCUCAAAGAAUUCUGGGCACUGUAGUUUGUUAAACAUUGCUGGGAAUUGUAACUCCACGAGGGAUAAACUACAGUGCCCAGAAUUCUUUGAGGGAAAGAAUGUGCUUUGAAGGUAUAGCAUGUAUGCAACUACCUCAUUGCAUAAGAGUAGCAAGAAUGCUUCUUCUAAGAUGGCAGUCGCUGCACCCCCUAACCCUAAAUAAUUUAAGCAUGUAAAAUUGCUAGGAGGUUGGGCCACCAACUUGAGGUUUGUAUUCAUUUUAAUGCAACUCAUCAGCUGACCAAACUUUGCGUUCCUAGUGACUAUUGUUGGUAGUGAUAGGAUCAGUUUCCUCCCUGCAGCUUGAUUAUUUGCUUUUCUCUUUCCUUGUUUCCUGGUACUUCAAAGCAUGUGACUCUUUGCUUUCCCCAUCAACCAUAGGAGGAGAGCUGAGUUAAGUUGCAAAGCCAUGCACCUCUACCCCUUUCAAUAGAAGCCUUGUCAUAUCUCGCCUGCUCAGUGAGGCAGGAGCAUCUUGCAAGAGUUCAGCCGCUUUGCAAGCUGAGCUUUGCAAGAGUUCACCUGCAGGUUGUAUGCAGUGCUAUUUUUCUAGAAAAUUAGGUGCUGGAAGUUAGCAAGAACGUGCAUGAAUGUGUGAAUGUCCUGGAACUGAGUUCCUGCUGGGAAAAGAAGCCCUGAAACUAGCCUACUUUGCAAAGGUAGAAUUUGCAUUUCUUGCCACACCCACUUUUGCCUCUGGCCCUGUCCACCAUUGGCAUGUGGUCAUCAUAAGGUUGACAAGAAGAGAAUGUCGCCUUCAAGGCUGAAAAGUAUUCCUUGUCCCUGUUAUAACAGUUCCCACUAACUACCUAGCUUUCUCGUGCCAGAUGUUUUCCCCUAGUGCCUGGAGCGUUUUUGAGGGACAACAUCACACCGAUUUGGUGUUCUGGGUAUCCAGAAGCCAGAAACCAGCCCUGAUCUGAUCACUGUUUGUGCUAAUCUGGACUCUGAAGCACCAGAGCUGCGUGCAUUAGGAAAAACAAGCAGAGUGAAGCCAACUGUCAAGUUUCUAGCUCUCUAACAACUCCCAUCUAGGCAGUAAAAACAUACAGACAACAGCAUAUGGGAUGGCGGUUUUCUCAGAAACCAAAACAAAUAUUUGGCCUUCAUAAACCUGCACCUCUCGGUAAAGGAGCAAACAUGAUCCCUGAGACGGUGGCGUUCAAAUUCCAGCUUGGAGGACACAGAUUCAGUGGUACUUGGCAGAUAAAUAACUCGCCCCCUUUUCUCCAGCCUCAGACCCCAUCUCUGUCUGCAGAAGGCUCAAUUCACACCAUGCAUUUUAAGCGUUAUUAUACCACUUUAAACAGUCAUGGCUUCCCCUCCAAAGAAUCCUGUUUAACAGACUGUCCCUCUUCCCAGGAAACUCUGAAAACCCAGGGCUUUUUUUCAGCAAGAACUCAGCAGAACUCAAUUCGGGCACCUCUCAGGUGGGCGCCGUUGCCAUUAUACAGAGAGGCAUUCAUGGUGACUUCUGGCACCUCUUUUUCUAGAAAAAUAGCACUGGCAAGUUUCCUCACACUCACCCACCCUUCUCCGUCCUCCACCCAGGCAAAUGAGUCAUUAUCACAGUUCAAGGACACAUUCCAGCCAGAAGAAAACAGUCUAGGAGGGUGUGAAGCAAGACCAGUGAGGCGUGUGGUGUGGAGGAGAGUUCAGAGGGCCAGACGGAGAGAGUUAGGGGGCCACAUUCAGGCCUGAGUUCCUGUCCCCUGCCCGUGAUAGGCUCUGAGGUGCAGAGGAAUCCACGUGAAAAACUACCGUAUUUUUCCGUGUAUAAGACUAUAUUUUUUCCUAAAUUUUUGAAGUUUAAAAUAAGGGGUCAUCUUGUACACAGACAGUGCAUAGUGCAUUUUCUUAAUUUUGAGCCCCCCAAAAUAGGGGGCGUCUUAUACACGGGGGCGUCUUAUAGAUGGAAAAGUAUGGUAAAUGCAAAAGUAGAAAAGGGACCUCUGUAGUAUUGCCUUGGUUGGGGAGAGUUGAUUUGGGAUUCUUGCUCGUAGGAGUUGUGAUUUGAGGUUUCCGAAGAGCUGACACAGACACAAAGUGUUAAAUGGGAAUCAUAGAACUGUAUAGUUGGAGGGAGCCUGAGGGUCAUCUAGUCCAAGCCCCUGCAAUGCAGGAAUCCUGCCCACAGCUGCUCCUCAGAGGGCUCAAGCCACCAACCUUCUGGUUAACAGCUGGACGCUCUGAUCCAUCCCAUGCAACUGGCGGAAGAGUCACUGAGGCCCAGCUGUUUAGCAACACGGAAAAAUAAUUCCAUAGUAAAGAUACCGGCUGGCUUUUCUAGCACAUAUUAUGGCUGCCACAGUACAUGUUAGCCUGUCUGAUAAGCCUGAUAAAUUGAGAGGUAGUGCGGUGUAGCGGUUAGAGGGUUGGAUUAGGACCUGGGAGACCAGGGUUCAAAUCCCCAUUCAGCCUUGGGUGACCUUGGGCUCUUAGCCGAACCAACCUCAUAGGGUUGUUGAAAGGAUAAAAUAAAAUGGGGAGAAGGAGGAACUAGGUACACCACCUUGAGCUCCUUGGAAGAAAGGCGGAAUAUAAAUGUAAUGAAUAAAUAAAUAAUUUGGGCCCUGAUCGGGAGGAUUUCAAUCCCCGUCAUCAUCCUAACAAACAAAUGAACAGCACAGGGACAAGUGCAGGUAGUCCGGCAACCUUUCCACACCCCUCUGAAUGGAGAUUUCAGGCCACCAGCAGCCCACAGAUCACAUUCUGAGAAGCCAAACAUAGUUAUUCUACAAUUGUCGAAGCUAGCUUUCCCCAGCCUUCAAAGCCAGCGACACCUACCAGGUUUGGGUUUCCUGGUGGAGCUGCAGGACCCUGUACCUUGCGUGAAUUAUGGCCUGUUGUAUUUGCCCUUCCUGUAGCGAUCGAAAAUGUGCCGUGUUAAUUGUUGCAAAGUCUUCGGGGCGUGAAAUCACAGCUAUAAAUAAAGGGAUUCAGGAGCACUUGGCAGGGGGAGGAAGGAACAGACACACUGGUGUUCCUGGCAACAGCCUUCAAAAUAAUGCAAGCAAAUUGGGUGAGUGGCCAGUGGCCAGGAGAGCAUCACAUCACUACUGAAGGGCAAGGCAUGGGACCCUCUCAGGCAAAGAAGGGCAUCUUUGCAGAGCCCCAGUUCUUGUCCCAAGGAGGGCUGCCAGAGCCACUCCAUCCCAUGAUGCAUUGCGAAAGGCUCGGCUCUAUGGCCACAUUCACAGCAUACAUCUAAGCACUGUGGUACCAUCUUAAACAGUCAUGGCUUCCCCCAAAGAAUCAUGGGAGCUGUAGUUCACUUAGGGUGCUGAGUUGUUUGAAGACUCUCCUCCAUUCACCUCACAGAACUAAAAUUCCCAGAGUUCCCUGUGAAGAGGCAUUGUAGCUUUGUGAGGGGAACAGGGGGUCUCCAAACAACUCUCAGAACCCUUAACAAACUACAGCUCCCAGGAUUCUUUGGGGGAAGAAGCUAUGGCUGUUUAAAGUGGUAUACCAUAGUGCUUUGAAUGUAUGGUGUGGAUAUAUACCUGUGGUUUCUGGAAACCACAGGAGCGGAGAGUCCUCUUGUGCUUGAAUCCUGCUUGCCAUUUUCCCUCAGGCACCUGGUUAGCCACUGUGAGAACAGGAUGCUGGGCUAGAUCAUGGACCAGCCCACACAUGAGGCAAGGUGAGGCGGUCGCCUCAGACAGCAGGAUCCACAGGGGCAGCAGAUUGCACUGUAAAUCUUUACUCCCCGCUUGUUUGGGGUAGAUCUUCACUCACUUUUCCUUCCCUGGUGGGGGGGAGCGGUGUGCCAUUUUGUGCUUUACCUCUGGUGCCAAUCUGCCUUGGGCCAGCUGUUUACGUCAAGAUUUUAAUCCCGUUCUGUCUCCAUACUGGCUUUGAAUUUAUUAUAUACGAAAUAGCUUUUCUUCUAGAAAAAAAGGUGCCGGUACUGCGUAUUCUUGAGCACCACCAGAAGAAAAGUACUGGCUUCAUAUAUGUAUUUUUGUUGGUGAUGUCUAUUGCUACAUCGAUUUGAUCGUGUUUUGUUGUUUUUAAUAGGAAGCGAUUCAUAAAGUAAAUACUGUAAAUGCAUUUGCACCUAGACUUUUUAAUGAAUGCAAUGUAUUCACUCCUUCCUUCCAUCUCUCUUAGUGGUCCUGAUUGGAGAAUCAGGAGUCGGGAAGACCAACCUGCUCUCCCGGUUCACCCGCAAUGAGUUCAACCACGACAGCCGCACCACAAUUGGGGUGGAGUUCUCCACUCGUACCAUCCUGGUGGGAGAUGCCUUGGUGAAAGCACAGAUCUGGGACACGGCUGGCCUGGAGCGCUACCGGGCCAUUACUUCGGCGUAAGUACAGGUGGGGCUGGUGGCGCAGAAGUUAUUGGGAGGGAUUCAGCUGUGGACUGGGAAGCACCCCCUUCUCCCUUAGCAUCUCGCCACAUCCACACUGACCUGAUCCGCAGCCUUGAACAAGCCUCAGCUCUCCCCUCUGUAGUAUUGGGAUAAUAACAUCGGGUCAUCUUGCAGGACCAUUGUAAAGGGAAGUGCUUUGCAUGCUCUUUCAGCCCCCGAUCCUGUGCAUGUUUACGCUAAAGCAGGGGUUGAUGUUGUUAGUUGCUUUUUACACCAAAGCAUCUCCAAUAUUUUACAGAAUAAAUAUAUAAAUUUAUUCUAUUAAUUUUAUUAAAUGGAUACACCGCGUAAUUGUAAAAUCAAAAACAAAAUUUCAGAGAAGUUUAAUCAAUAAUAUUAUCAAUAAGAAAAAUGAAAAACCUUUUAAAACCUUCAAAAAGGUAAAAUGACAACAGGCUAAAAACAGGUUAAGAAACAAGAAGCAUUAAAACGGCAAUGAAAGAAGACCUAGUGCUCAUCUAAAAAUAUAUAAAAGUAUCCCCAAAUGAUGUUCCUCUUGAGAUACAUAUAAUUUGUAAAAAAAUACUUGUGAACAUAACACAGGUACCAUAGGAGCAACAGUUCCUAAACACACAAGCACAGCACCGUAUUAAAACACCCAAGAGGAAACCUCUUGAGAUUUGUCUGCUAUAAUAGCAGAGUUGAGGUCCUGGUGGAUGCAAGUGUUUUUAUCCUCAAAAUGCUUCUCAGACAUGUCUCACUGGGCUAUUGUAGGCUCCACCACGUCCUCUGAGCCAACCCUCCAGGGGCCACAUGGCUGUAGUGAGUUUUGCCACCUCUCUCUCUCUCUCUCUCUCUCUCUCUCUCACACACACACACACACACACACACACACACACACACACACACACACACACACACACCUAAAAAGAGGAAAAGGGACUGGGAGGGAGGAGGAAAAAGCAAGCUUAAGUUACACGUGACAUCAGUGGCAUUUUCUGUGUUUUUUACCAUCACUGGAAGCGCUCUUCUCUCCACCCACUCCCCAGAUCGGGGCUGGUGACUGUGUCCAGACCAGAAGGACAGGGCAGCUCCUGACACACCCAAAACAUUAUCUAUAUUGUUGCACCCCGCCCUGCAACCUGUUUUGAUGAAGGGCAAGCACAGAAGCUUUUUAAAUAAAUGAAUAUGAAUGCAGUCCAACCCCGCUGUAUUAAAAUGCUAAAAACGACACAAAGGACUUGUGCCACCCUAAAGAUAAUAAGAUCAAUGUGAGCCAAGCGGUCACGGACCCAGCCCUGUGUCAUCAGAUGCAGCUGAGGAAAGUGUGCUCUGGAAGAGCAACUCUUAAAAGUGAUCAGCCUCUUAAGAUGCCAAGGUAAUACAGGAUUAGUGUGUUGUAAUGAAGACAAUGAACGUGGCUACACCCUUGGAAGUUAUAAUUGCUAAGCAUUAUUACUUAUUUGAACUCUUUGCAUGUUUUGUUUUUUUCUUUUUAAUUAGUAGACUGCAGAGAUUCUCUAAUCAGGUUAGAAAGCUAAGCUCAUGACUUUGCAGCGUUGCGUGAGGCUGCUCAAGUUUCUAGACCCUAUGGCCUCCUCCUGUUCUGCUAUGGAUGUCCGCCUCUCUUUGUCAACAGCAAUCUGUUGCUGCGGUAAACUGAGAAUAAUGCUUGGAGGACGUCCAAACUACUUCUAGGUAGCAAACAAAAUCUGAGUGCAGCCAGCAGUGAACAGGAGCCUUCCUGCCUAUAUGAGUGUCUGUUCUUACCUCUGUGGAGGAAGAAGAAGAAGAAGAAGAGUUUGGAUUUGAUAUCCCGCCUUUCACUCCCUUUAAGGAGUCUCAAAGCGGCUAACAUUCUCCUUUCCCUUCCCCCACAACAAACACUCUGUGAGGUGAGUGGGGCUGAGAGACUUCAGAGAAGUGUGACUGGCCCAAGGUCACCCAGCAGCUGCAUGUGGAGGAGCGGAGACACGAACCUGGUUCACCAGAUUACGAGACUACCGCUCUUAACCACUACACCACACUGGCUGUGCAUGUCAGUGCAACUCUGAAGUAAAGACAUUUCAAUAGGACUUGUGAACAAGGCCUUUCUGAUGAUUCCUGCAUUGCAGGGGGUUGGACUAGGUGAUCCUUAUAGUCCCUUCGAGCUCUGUGAUUCUAUGGGCCUCGGGGUCCCUUCAAACUCUGUGAUUCUAUGUGGCCCUCCAGGCACCUCUGUUCAGCCCUUGGGACUCUCACCAGCCCUGCUCAACAGCUUCCUCAUGUUCUUGCCUGGAUGUCCAGUCCAAGGCUGGCUUAAAUAAUAAGGGACCAUAAAAAAGGAUGCAGGAGCUUUGAAGUUACUUUUCAGUGGUUAGCAGACUAGGCAAACCCACCACUCACCCUCCAUCCUCCCCACUAUAGGGAAGUGUUCUGUAUCUCUAUUUAAAGUAUAGCAAUUAUUUGUAAGCUUUCAUCCAUAUAUAUAAAUCCCCACAUACAGUUUUUAUGCAAAUUGUUGACUUCUUUCAUCUUAUUUCUUUUCCUUUUUUUGGCAAUGCAUAACUGGUCACUUUACGUUGGGUGCAAAUUAAUUAAUACUGUGAUUUGAAAAGUGAGAUCUAAGGUGGAAGAUUCGGAAAGAAGAACCAACAUAGGCCACCUGCACACCAUUUAAGGCACUGUGAUACCCCUUUAAAUGGCUUCCCCCAAACAAUUCUGGGAGCUGUAGUUUGUACAGGGCGCUGUGCGUUGGUAGGAGGCCCCUAUUCACAAACCUACAAUUCUCAAAGUGGUUCAGUAGUCAGUCCCUCUUCCCAAGGAACUCUGGGAGUUGUAGUCACAACAACUCAGUACCCUUAGCAAACUGCAGCUCCCAGGAUUCUUUGGGGCAGAAGACGCCACGGCUGUUUAAAGUGACACUGUACCACUUUAAAUGUAUGUUGUGAAUGCAGCCAUAAAUAAGGGCCUCAUUUAAGAAAUAAUGUUGAGACUUCCAAAGAAAAGAGAAGGAAUCGUGGGACACCCAUGCUUCCUUGUUGUUGUUGUUACUAGUUCUUCAUACGCCCUUCUCUUAACCCUGUCCUGAUCUCUCAGUUAUUACAGAGGCGCAGUGGGAGCCCUCUUGGUUUUUGACAUCACCAAGCACCAGACGUAUGACGUGGUGGAGCGCUGGCUGAAGGAGCUGUAUGACCACGCAGAGGCCACCAUCAUUGUGAUGCUGGUGGGCAACAAAACAGAUCUGACCCAAGCCCGGGAGGUCCCAACGGAGGAGGCCAAGAUGUAUGCAGGUAGGGGACAGCUCUGUGGCUUUGUACAUUGGGCUCCGAGAAGUAUCUGUGCUCCACUGCAGGGAAGGACUGUGGCUCAGUGGUAGAGCCUUGCAUGCAUAAUGUCCCAGGUUCAACCCCACAGUUUCUCCAGCUGGGGCUGGGAGUGUCUCCUGCCUUAAACCCUGGAGAGCUUCUGCAAAUCUGUGCAGACUCAGUAUAAGGUCUGACUCAGUAUAAGGCAGCAUCCCAUGUACCUUCUCGGCACUUGUGUGAAGAGUUAGAAGCUUUAAGACGGAGUGCCUCUUUUAAAAUAGUCCCUGCCAUCUGUACUGGCACACUUUUAUAAUGUGUUUUAUUACUAAACAAGCAAUGCCACUAUAUAAAAAUGAAACCUGCAGCUUGAUCAAUCACAGACACUUUUAACAAUUGAUUAAUCCACUGGAUUAAAUCGGCUACAAACUGUGUUAUUGUCUGUACAGUGGUACCUUGGUUCUCGAACUCAAUCCGUUCCGGAAGUUUGUUCAGCUUCCAAAACGUUUGUAAACCAAGGUGUGGUUUCUGGUUGGCUGAUUGGCCCCAGAAACAAUGCCGACAGCCAAAACGGACUUUCAGCUUCCUAAAAACUUUCACAAACUAGCACACUUACUUCCAGGUUUGAGGCGUUAGGGAGCCAAUUUGUUCAUCAGCUAAGCCGUUCAGGAACCAAGGUACCACUGUGUUAUAUUCUCUUUCUGUCCACUGUUUCGGUAUUCUCUGAAUGCAUUUUAUAAAUUAUGAAAUAAAAAAAGACAGAAUGACUACCAAUCCCAGUUUUAAAUUGGUGAUCUGAUCUUAUCUAUUAAUGGAGGUCUGAUAGGGUCUCACUGCUUCUCUCUUCUUGCAGAAAACAACGGUCUGCUCUUUAUGGAAACCUCUGCGCUGGACUCCACAAAUGUUGAAUUGGCUUUUGAAACUAUCUUGAGAGGUAAGUCAUCAGUUGGUGGUACCAGUGGCGAAGCUGCAUGCUGCACUACUGGGGGCACGAUGCGCAUCUGGGGGCGUGGCAAGCCGCCCAUGGGGGCAUGGCACACAUUCUGGGGGUGUGACGUGCCGCCUGUGGAGGCAUGGCACCCGGCACGUGGCGUGUGUCCAGGGGGGCCGACCUCGAUGGCACCCUACCGGAAUAAUGGUGCCAGGAGCGGUCCGCUUCCUCCGCCAGCAGGUGGUACCCAAACUUGCAGUGGCCUAGCCAGGGCUGAGAAGGAGGGUGAUCUUCCUUGCUGUCACUUGUUCUUUACUCCAAUAAGGGGCUGCAGCCUAUGGAGAAGGGUUUGUUUUAAGCCCCCACUCCCCAUUUUCUUGUGUGCGUGUGUGUGUGUACCCAGAAACCUUUAGUCUUUUUAGGCAUGGAGAUAAAAGGUAAAUCAUGCAGUCUGGAAAAACAUAAAAUUCAGGGUUUUCCCCGAUGGUAGCUUAUUGGUGCUGAUAAUGCACACAAGUUAGCACUAUGGUGCAAUGGUGGGUGGGAUUGGCAAAGGUUUUUUCCUGGACAUGCUCCCCAUUUUUGCCCCCUUUUUAAUUUUUUUAAAAAUGUAAUUGCCAAAUGUGUAAAGCCGGAUUUGCACAAGCCAAAUGUGCGCACAUUGUGAGUUACCUGUACAAAUAAAACCAUCUGUCCUAAAGACACAUUCAUUCCAAGGAAAGUGAGCCCCUGGGGCACUCCUGGAAUCUAUCGCUGCUCAGAGAUUGGGGUGGUGCGUAACCAUCUUUAUUUAUUCCUUCUCCUAGACAUUUUCAACAAAGUGCAGAAACAGAAGCAGAAAAGCCCCCUGGACAACACCGUUUCGCUCUCUGCUGAACACACUGAUGCAGCCUCCACCUCUCAAGCUGUGGAAGGGAAGCGAGCUUGUUGCUUGAACCUCUGAAGCGAGGGUCGCACAUGAGGAACAUCAGCCGUGUUGAAGAAGCCAACAUUUGGUGGGUGGGAGAGGAUUCCACACUCUGGAUGAUGAUUUAUGGCCGAGAUGUCCGUCUCACUGUAGCCUCUGCGGUCUGGGGGGUAGUUAUGGAAACUUUUUGGAUCAGGCUCGCCUACCUAAAUCUAGGGAGCACAAUAGUGUGUUUGGGGGUGACAAAGCAUCUUGACACAAGAAUUCCGUGUUUGUGGGUCAGUACUUGUACAAAAGAACUACCCACAACCCUGCAAUGUCUCAGCCUUGUCUUCCAAUACAGAUACGAAUCUAUAGUGAAUGCAACAGUAGUCACAAUCCUGCCAAAGUUAAUCACAACUAGCCGUCCUGUACCCUCUUAGCUGGGAGUGAAGUGCUUUGAUCUCUGGUAGGGCUUCUUUAUCCAAACAGACCUAGGAUCGCAGUGCAAGUUCCAUUGCAGGUUAUUGUGACUAAGGCCACCAUCACACCGUACAUUUGAUAGCACUUUAAACAGUCUCAGCUUCCCCAAAAGGAUUCCGGGAGCUGUAGUUUAUUAAGCUUGCUGACAGUUGCUAGGAGGCCCCAAUUCCCUUCACAAGGAAUUUUGGGAAUUGUAGCUCUGGGAGGGAAAGAGGUGCAUCCCAACAAAUCUCAGCACCUUUAACAAACUACAGCUGCCAGAAUUCUUUGGGGAGGGAAAGUCACCACCAUUUAAAGUGGUGCCAUUGCACUUUAAAUGUAUGGUGUUAACAUGUGCUAACUUAAAUCCUGUUGGCUUUCUGUGAGGCUUACCAUGUGUACGCAGGAGUAAUCCCUGUUGAAUUCAGUGGCUUUUACUUCAUGGUAACAGGGCUUCGCUGCAUGUGAUAUCUGCUGCUUCAAACUUUUAAAAAAUUACACUUCUGUCCCCACAAUCUCCCUCAGUCUAAGGAGAUGAGGUCAGUGCACAUUUGUGGAUGCACUUGAGUCUCCCUCAUCAAAGUCCAACUCUCUGUCCCAGCCACUGCCAACAUGGUGCCCUCCAGAUGUUUUGGGCUAUGGCCAUAAUUGGGAGUUGUAGUCUAAAACUCCCAGAGGGCGCCAGGUUGAGAGAGGCUGCUAUAGAGCUCAGCCUUCCUCAUACACUGGCUGGGGCUGAUGGGAAUGGUAGCCUAAAACAGCCAGAGGGUGCACGAUUGACAAGGCUUGCUGCUGCUCUUGUAGGGCCAAUAAAUCUGCGCCAGAAUUUCCACACAGUGCCCUGGGCAUGGUGCCAAUGUGGCUGAAUGACUAGGUAGGUAGGAAGAAGGGCAUUUUGCAGGGCAGGAAAUUCGGGUAUUAUGAAGACUCCCCUGACACUUCCUAGUCUCCUAAUACCGGAAAUCCCCCAACAAAAUGAUUAACUGACAGAACUGGAAGCCAAAAUGAGGAGGUGAUGGGUGAUGGCUUGAAAAGGGGAUUAUACAACUUCAUGGAGGAGAACUCCAUCAGUGGCUAUUAUCAGUGGCUAAUUUGAGCCUCCAUAGGCAGAGGCAACCCACCUGUCAAUACAGGUUGCUGGGGGGAAGAAGCAGGAGGAAGAUCUGAUGGGGGGGGGCUUCCAGCUUGGCUAGUGUGUCAAGGAGUCUGCAAGGAUCCCUGAUGGGGGUCUUUUAAAAUUCUUUUGUUAUAUUCCAAAGUCCCUGUCAGCUCAAUGUCUUUAUUAGGCAAACCAAAAUAUCAUGGAAUGGUUUGCAAGCUUUUUGAGUUCUCCUUAUCUCUUCAUCUGGCUCGAUGAAGAGUUCUGUGAAACUUAAAAACUUGCACAUUCUUUUGUGACAUUUUGGUUGGCCUAAUAAGGGCACUGCCCUAGUAGGGAAUUCAGAUCCCACCCCCCUAUACUUGUUAUUUCUUUUGUUACACGUUCACAAUGCACUUGGACUCCCUGCUUAGACUUCUUUCUGUGGCUGUGACUCCUUUUGUGUUCAGCCUCCAUACCGAAACUUGAAUGUCUGGAUCACCAAGCUGCGAUCCUUCGAAAUUUACCCCAUCCAAAAGACACAGCCAGGCCUUUGUGGAAAUGGAAAUUCGUCAGUAUAUUGUGUGUGUACAUUUAUACAUAUAUGUAUUGUGUGUAUAUAUAGCAAGAGACACAAAGAAUAUAUUUUGUAAAUAAAUCGCUAUGGACUGGGCAUUUUUUAAUUUAUUACUGUGCUUAAUGUAGCAAAACAAGUAGGGGUGUGUACACUGGGAAACAUGACAUUAAUAAAAGAAACAAAGUGCUUAUUUCAGAGACACCUAAGAUUCCUGUUGUGCAUCAUGAACAAACUACAGUUCCCAGAAUUCUUUGGGGGAAGCCAUGAUGGUUUAAAGUGGUAUCAUAGCGGAUUAAUGUUGUGAAUGCAGCCCUACUUAAACUUUGGUUGCUUUUGGGGAUUUGCCAAAAAGAGGAGGGAUUUGACACCGAGCAUAAUUCUUUUUCAUAGGGGAAGGGCUGUAGCUCAAGGGAGGGGAGCACCACCUUUGCAUGCAGAAGGUCACAGGUUCAAUCCCUGCCGGCAUCUCUAGUUAGGGCUGGACUAAGACGCCAUGUCUCGAACCCUGGGUAGCCACUGCCAGUCACCGUCAACAGUACUGGAUUAGAUGGGUCAGCGGUCUGGAUUCUCAGUCAACAGGAAGCAGUUGCUCGCAACCUCAAAUCUCUUAACUGCAGAUCUCUUCCUGUUAGAAAUGUGCUCAGGGUUGGGCUUUGGUGAGUCUCCAACAGAUCUCUGUGAUUGGAAUGGAGUACGGGAGAGGAGAGAUGGUCUCUCGAGUGGGUCUAAAUCAUUUAGAAUCAGAACUGUAGAGUUGGAAAGGAUCCCAAGGGCCAUUAGUCUCAACCCCCUGCAAUGCAGGAAUCUCAACUAGAGUCACUGACUGACAGCCAUCCAAGCUUUGCUUAAAAACAUCCAAAGAAAGAGUCCACAACCUCCCGAGGAGCACCCCGUGCUAACAUGCACAGCAGCAUACAGCAACAUAUCCUAUGCACACAGCAACAUCUGUGCUCUACCAUGAUAUGGCAUGGUUUUUUAUUUAUACACCACCCAAAGCCCCCCCAAAGUGUGAGCCACAUUAAUACAUGUGAAUAUGAAAUAAAUACACAAUAAAGCUACAAUGCAUACAAUAAAUAAAUAAAUAAUAUAAAAUGAGUAUGUUGUAUCCAAGCAUGCACAGGAAUGCAUAAGGGUUGUUGUGAGGAUAAAAUGGGGAGGAGGAGAGCUACAUAUGUCAUUUGAGCUCCUUGCUUCAUGCAACUUGGGCUGUUCAUGGUAGAGCAGAGAUUUGAACCACGGCUUUCCUAAUUCCUCCCCCACAUCUCUUAAUCUUGUCACACUUAUUUAGCAAGCACCUUGCAGGCAGAGAUCUGUUGUUUUCCGGUCUGGUAUAGCCAAGUGAUUUAAAAUAAAAGUGUUAAGGAAGUUUCUCCUUCAAAUGCAGCUUCAGCCAUGACAUAGGGGGCAUCCUUGCCUCGUCCCCUUCUAUAUCUUACAUUUUUCCUGCAAUGGCAUUAUUUACAAUCAGGUUUGCAGUUUGAUCUGUAUAAAUUGCCUUAAUCCCUUUUAUG